UAAUAUAUCGUAUACUCUCUCCUCUCUCUCUCUCUCUCUCUCUCUAAAUUUUUUAACUCGUCACAUAAAUAAUCACAUCAAAAAUCGUCUUCAACAUACACGACCGCAAAUUGCGAACCACUCGAGGGUUUGAAUUGAUAUUUUAUUGAUUUUUGGCUCAAAACUUCACGGGUUCUUCGCGUUUCAUGGGUUAUUUCCUGCGCAAAUACCGUGGUUAGUUACAGAAAAACAACAUGUUCGUACGUGUGUUCGAAAAAAACUCUAAAACACAAAAAUUUCGCGCACGCGCACGCGCACGUUGCGGUCUUGUUUCAACCGAUAACUCAAAAUUGACGACUCAUCCGCUCGUCGGCUUAGUUUGUCGUCACUUGUGUGUACAGUCUAGUCUAUAUAUGAUAUACAUAUAUAUAUAUAUAUGUAUACAUUAUUAUAACAUCGGCAUACCAAAUGUUAACAAUAACGUAGAGAUAAGGAAAUUUUGCCAGCAUUUUGUAAUCACAGAAAUAUUUUAGACACUUUGAAACACACAGGAGGAGGUCUCUUCGAACAUUGUGCGACAUCUCGUUGCCCGCUCGAUAUACAAAAAAAAAGUUAAAUAAAAUAAAAUCGUAUAACACGUAUAAAAACAAAGUGUUAGAUCUUCGGGAAACUUCCAGAAAAAUCUAUAAACAAUGGCUUCGGAGAGAGAGAUUCAAAUGGAACAUUACACAUCGAACAUAUCCGUUGAUAUUCUGGUACAACCGCAGGUACUUUUUGUUGUUGGAAAUACUUUGAUUGCUCCGAUAGUGGGCGAAACCACCACGCCGAAGCACAGUACAUUACCUGUUGUUCACAUCGGAGGAGGAUGGAACGGUCCGAUCAAGCUAAUCGUGUCGUGCGUUACUGACGACCCGCCGCACAAAUGUCAUCCUUUUAUUAUAGUCGGUCAAAGCAGGCGUUGCGGUUACGGCAUCUACACGGAAUAUCUCAUGAACGGCGACGAGUUUGUCGUUUUGUCAGGUAUAGGUCUUAAAAUUUUGGAAGAAAAACAAUUCGCAUGGUCUCUUAAAAUGCGCCGCGACUUAAGAGCAAGUCCUUUUGAAACUGACUCCAAUCCGCUGCCGUUGGAAGAUUAUAGCAAACUGAGAUUGUGUUUUCACGCGUACGUAAAAACCCCAAGAGAUUUGCUGUUCGAUAUUCCUGUAAAACCUGUCUUAUCUAAAUCUAUAAAUCUGUUAAUAAUAGACCCGAUAACCAGUUCGCUCCAACCGGUGUCUCCGAUUAUAAUCAGGAGUUAUCAGGAGGAUAACUCGGGAGCAGCUUCUUCCUCGGCUGGCACAAGCGCCUCGGCGACUCGGCGAGAAUCGCGAUGGGAAUGGUUGGCAAAACUUUCGUCCCCGGCCGCGCGCGACGACACCGCGAUAGCUUCGGGUUCGAGUCAAAAUUUGAGCGAGAGAACACCAACCAAAGCGAGAGAUUCACCUAAGAAGUUCAAUUUACAUUUCUAUUAUCAUAAAAAAGAUAGAGGAGGUUCAUCUGAUUCGGACUCAGACUAAAAACUCACUCAGUACUAUCGUUAACGUUUUAACUUUUGUGAUUAGAAGCCGAUUAAAUAUCACUUAGAGCACACAAGAGUUUCUUCGUUUCUCUUCACGCAAUUUGAAAUCCCAUCUCAAUUUCAUCUGUAUUUGAUAUCCGGCUAUUUUGCGCUUGAGAUCAACGGGGACGAGUAAGGGGGUCGCGGGUACUGAGAUUUAUAUUAACAAUUAUGCGAUUCCAUCGAGAGAGAAAACGGAAAAAUGAAACAAAUGAAAGAGCGAAAAUUGUGCGAAAAACUGUUUAAAGAAGUACGUUUUUCUUUUUACCACGCCUGACACAUACAAAUUGUUUAUACGACAUGUAUAAACAUAUGUAAUUUUGUAAAGAAUAAACAGUUUGCAGCA